AUGGAAUCAGGCAGCAGUGAGGGAACUCCUAUUGAAAUAAUUGAGAACCAUCUCUACUGGAUCUCUGAUGAGAGAUCCCCGAAUUCUAAAACCUCCGCCUUCUUCUUUAACGUGGAUAGUGAUCUGGUAUAUGACCCUUUUCAUAAAGAUUUUGGGCCUCUUGAUCUUGCGAAAGUGCACAGGUUUUGAACUGAAUUACAAAAUGUGCUAACUAAUGAAGAGUACAAGAAGAGCAAGAUAUAUCAUCAUACUUCUUGAGAUAAGGAGAAGCAGGCCAAUGCAGCUUUCCUAAUGGGGGCAUUCAUGAUAAUAGUCUUAAAGCACAGCUCUACCGAAGCAUGGGAGAAAUUCUCAAUUUAUCAUAGCUGAUUUAAGCCAUUCCGAGAUGCCACAAAAGGUAUCUCAACCUAUAAGUGAACUAUCAAGGAUUGUCUUGAUGGCCUUUAUUACGCAAUGAAGCUAGGAUGGUACGACUAUGAUACCUUCGACUUAAAAUAAAUACGAGCACUACGAGAAGGUUGAUAAUGGAGACAUGAACUGGAUUGUUCCAAAGAAAUUCCUUGCUUUCAGUAGUCCGUCAGAAGAUGAAGAGGAUGAAGAAGGGUUUCGUACAUACACUCCAGAUGACUACACUCCUAUAUUUCAGAGGUUCAAGAUUGGUACAGUCGUGAGGCUUAACAACAAGUCGUAUAAUGAAGAGAGAUUUAUCCAAAAUGGGUUCAAAUUCGAAGAUCUUUACUUCGUAGAUGGAACUUGUCCAUCAAACAAAAUUGUGAAAAAGUUUUUAAAAGCAGCAGAAAGUGAGGAAAAUGGAAUGGCCAUACACUGUAAAGCAGGACUUGGAAGAACCGGAACCCUUAUAGGCCUCUACUGAAUGAAGCAUUACGGGUUCCCUGCAGCAGCCUUUAUAGGCUGGAUCCGCAUCUGUAGACCUGGGUCAGUUCUUGGACCGCAGCAACAUUAUCUCUGAGAAAUGGAACAAGAGAUGUUUGAUGAAGGGGAUAUCAAAGAAAAUAUUCUAGUAGACGGCCUAGAAAAGAUGUCCCUCGAAGAACGCAAAAUAAUGAUGUCCCCUGAUGAAAAGAAGAUCCACAAAUAUGGAGACCUCGGCCAAGGAGAUCAUUUGAGGUCACGAAAGAAGAAGAUUUUGACUUCUAAAAUGAAGACGAAAACAUAG